AAUAUCGUUCGAUUUCUCUUGACAGUGUCGACAGUCAUCAAAAAGAGUGGAUAAAUUGGUGGAAAAUAUAUCAAAAUUACGCCUUUCUAGCGGACACGGAUCACCGUGAAAUGUGCCAGAGUGUGUUGUAUAAUGGCAAGUGCAUCAAUUUCUGAUGCAUUUACCACCGUGCGCCGCAGCACGUUGAUAAUUUUGCUGAAAAUCCGUCGUCGUCUGCUCAAUUGAAGUUGCCCCAAGAGGUGAACGCCAUUUUGAUUUUGGAUGGAAGGUGUGUCCCCCUUUCCAUCCCACGAAGGAUGUCUUAAGAGACAAUCAGUCUGUGUUAUCAGUUGAGGGACUUUCUUUUCCAAAACACACACACAAAAAAAAGUGGAAGUGUCUGUGUCUUCUUUAAGUGUCCGUGAGAAAGAAGCCACCCCACAGAGAGUGGCUCAAAAAAUAGUGUUUUUAAUUAUUUAUCAAAAAAAAAAUUCAGUGUGAAAAAAGACGGGAGAAAGAAAGAAAAGUUCUUGUAUUUUUUUUAUUGGAGUGUGAAAAAUCAAUAAGUGUCCAGUGAAAGUCGCAGGCAGGAGCUUCUGCCAAAGAAUAAUCAUAAAUUUCUGUGGUUUUGCACUGCAGACAAGCCACAUUGUCAGUGGCAGUGCAAAGUGUGUGAAUUUUCCUUCCCCUCGUGAAAACAGAGAAAAAGAAAAUUGAAAGGGAAGAGUGAAAAGUGCAAAAAAGAAAAACAACGGCUACACUAUUGAUAGUGAAAUCAAUAGACUACCGCUGUCGCGGAAUCUGAACAACUUGGUGGAUUGUGGGAGGAACAGCAAGAUGCCAUCGGCAAGGCCUGGCUCACUGAAGGAUCCCGAAAUAGCGGAUUUGUUCAAUAAGCAUGAUCCGGAGAAGAUCUUUGAGGAUCUCAGAGAGAUUGGUCAUGGAUCCUUUGGUGCAGUCUACUAUGCCAGAUGCAAUCUCACCAGAGAAAUUGUGGCCAUCAAGAAGAUGUCCUACUUGGGAAAGCAGAGCAUGGAGAAGUGGCAGGAUAUUCUCAAAGAAAUUCGCUUCCUUCGGCAACUCAAUCAUGCCAAUACCAUUGAGUACAAGGGAUGCUACUUGAGGGAGAACACAGCAUGGCUCGUGAUGGAGUAUUGUGUAGGGUCAGCGUCGGACAUCAUCGAGGUGCAUAAGAGGCCUCUGCGUGAGGAAGAGAUUUCGGCCAUCUGCGAAGGAGUCCUCCGUGGAUUGGCGUAUCUUCAUCACUUGGGUCGGAUUCAUAGGGAUAUCAAGGCUGGGAAUAUUUUGCUGACGGAGCAGGGAAUAGUGAAAUUGGCAGAUUUUGGGAGUGCAGCAAUUAAAUGUCCGGCCAAUAGUUUUGUUGGGACGCCCUAUUGGAUGGCUCCUGAAGUGAUUCUGGCCAUGGAUGAGGGUCAGUACGAUGGUAAAGUUGAUGUUUGGUCAUUGGGGAUUACGUGUAUUGAGUUGGCUGAGAGAAAACCACCCUAUUUCAAUAUGAAUGCCAUGUCAGCUCUCUAUCACAUUGCCCAGAAUGAAGCUCCGACUCUGCAAUCGGAAGAUUGGUCAGAGACUUUUCGGAGUUUUGUUGAAGUUUGUCUGCGAAAGUCACCCUAUGAUCGUCCAACAUCUUCCAAAUUGCUGUCCCAUGCUCUCGUGACGCGUCCACGUUCUGGCAAUGUUCUGAUUGAACUGAUUGCCAGGACAAAGGCGGCCGUGCGUGAGUUGGACAAUUUGAAUUAUCGGAAAAUGAAGAAGAUCCUGAUGAUUGAUUCGUGCGAGACGGAGAGUACGAUGGGAGAUGCUGAAGAUACGCCAGAUGAACAAACUGGCGGGGAUAGUAGUAAGAGCAAUAGUAUCACUUCGGAGCAUUCGAUGCAUUCAGUGGGACCAGUUACUGGUCAGGAUCUCCAUUUUCACUCAUCCUCCACCAAUUCCAUUCACGGUGUCCAUUCCCUGGGUCCCGGGGCGGCGGGUGGUGUGUGUUUGGGACAGGGUGGAAGUGGACAGCAUGGUGGUAUCAAUUUGGGUGCCAUCACGAGGAAUCCUUCGAGGAAUCGAAUGCCAAUGAUGCAUGCCAAUAGCACUCCAUCGCCAGUGAAUCACACUGGAUCGUCCAGUGGACAGAUGAUGGCGGCUGGAAUGUCCAGAGCCAGUGGAAUUCAUCAGCAUGAGCAUCCGGGUGUGCAGCAACAGGCCAUGGUGAAUGCAAUGCACGAACAUGGACCCAAUAACUUUGCCACCAUUCGCACCACGAGCAUCGUCACGAAGCAGCAGAAGGAGCAUAUGCAGGAGGAGAUGCAUGAACAAAUGUCGGGAUACAAGAGAAUGCGACGGGAACAUCAGGCUGCUCUGCUGAAGCUGGAAGAGAAGUGCAAAGUGGAAAUGGAGGCUCACAAGGCAGCUCUUGAUAAAGAAUACGAUGCCCUUCUGCAUAAUUUCACCAGAGAACUUGAGAAAUUGGCUAUAAAGCAUCAGCAGGAGAUUGAGAAGCGCGUGAAGCAGAACAAUGUGGCUGAGAAGAAGCUGUUCAAGGAUAUCUCCAUGAAGCAUGAGAAUGAUCGGAAGGCGUAUGAGUUGCAUAGGAAAAAGGAGUAUAAGUUGAAUAAGGAACGAUGGAAGCGUGAAUUGUCGAUGGAUGAGUCAACGCCGAAGCGUUUACGUGAUGCCACGUUGCAAUCGCAGAAGGAGAAUCUGAAGCAGGCGGAAGCGCAGGAGGAACAACGACUGCUCAGGGUGCAGAAGAACUACAUUGAAUUGGAGAUGAGGAAGUUCCGGAGGAAAAAGACACAGGUUCUCCAUGAUCUGGAGAACCAACUACUGAGAGAUGAAUUGAGCAAGAAGCAGCAGCAAUUGGAGCAAGCACAUGGGAUGCUACUGAAACACCAUGAAAAGACGCAAGAGCUCGAGUAUCGACAGCAAAAGAGUGUUCAUAAUUUGCGUGAGGAGCAAAUAACGAAGCAGCACUCGACGGAAUUGCAAAACCAAAAGGAUUACAUGGAUCGGGCGGAGAAGGAGUUGAUGAGGAAGCAUGCUUUGGAAUUGAAGCAGCAACCGAAGAGUUUAAAGCAAAAAGAACUUCAGAUACGUAAACAAUUUCGUGAGACAUGCAAGACACAAACGAGACAAUAUAAAGCGCUAAAGGCGCAAAUAUUGCAGACAACACCCAAGGAUGAACAAAAAGCUGUGAUAAAACAAUUGAAAGAGGAGCAACAUCGCAAAUUAACUCUUCUUGGUGAUCAGUAUGAACAGAGUAUUGCAGAUAUGCUGCAGAAGCAGAGUCUGCGCCUGGAUGAGAGUCAGGAGCUUGAGUGUCAGCAGCUGAAGGACAAGUUGAUGUAUGAAUUGGAGAUUCUUAUGGCCUAUCAGAAUAAGAAUCGUAUGCAGGCUCAAGCGCAGAGAGAUCGUGAGCGAAAAGAGCUCGAGGAUCGUGUGAAUGUGAGGAGAGCGCUGCUGGAGAAUAAAAUGGAGGCGGAAUUGCAGCAGUUCAGUCAGGAGAGAACUGAACGCAUCCGGGAGCUCCAUGAGAAGCAUGAGAAGGCCAUGGAGAGCUUCAAUGAAGAAUCAGCUCGAAUGGGAUUCAGUGCUCUCGCUCUGGCGGAAGCAUCCAAGGAAACGUAUCCGGAUGAAGAGGGAAGUUUGUCCGGAUCAAUGAUAAGUUUAGCUCAUAGCAAUAGUUCAACAAGUUUCCCCGCUGGUUCUCUCUAGCAGAGCGACUACAAUUCAGAUUCAUGGAAGAGACGUUCAAUGUAGAUACAAGUAAUUAAUAUAAUUAACACAGAAGAAAAUUUCAAAAGUGGAACAUUUUCUUUUUUUUUUUUUAAUUUAAAUUAGCAAAACCACAACGGAAAAAGUAAAAUUUAUCCGUUUAAAAUUUUGUCACAAUGGAAACAUUUCUCCAAGUUCUUUUGUUUAUUUUUUUUGUCUUUAGGUUCCAAAAUAAAAAUGACAUGAAUUUUUCUCUGAAAAUUUCCAAUGGAAAAAUAUACUUAGUGUUUUUCCACAACACAUUCAAAUAAAUCUAAUGAAAAAAAAUAAUUAAAAAAAAAUAGUGUAGAAAGUGAAUGAAAAAAUUAUCGUAGCGUAUUUGAUGAAAAUUUCUCUCCAUUCCCCCCAAAAAAGAAUUUCUUUUCCCAAAAUGAAAUACUCAAAAGAAAAUUUCAGAAAAAAUGGAGCAAAUUGUGAGAGAAAUUGUACCACUUAGUCCCAUCCCAAUUAAUGAAUUACAAUCUUUAUGCGUAGGAAUAGAUGAGAAAUGAAAAUUUGAAAAUUAAAAAAAAAAAAUUAAUGAAAAAGAAACUGUAAAUGAACAAGGAAGAUGAAAUGAGAAAGAAAAACAUACACACUAAAUAAGUCCUUCAAAUAUUAUUCAUAACCAAUUAACAUGAUAAUAAAAAAAAAACAAAAUAUUUUUGUAUUCGUAGUAGAAAAGAAUAUGAAAGGAAAAAAAAAUUGAGCGAAGAUUUUUUUGUUUGGUAAAAAGACUAUCCUUUCCAGAAGUUUCGAAAGAAGAUGGAAUUAUUGAGAAAAUGAGGUUAGAAAAAAACUAAAAAAAAAUGCAUUCAUUGAACGAAAAAAAAAUUUAAUAAAUUAAUGUUGCUUCAUGUUGCAGAAAUGGAAAAAAGUACUAAAAGAAAAUCUCGAAAAAAAUCUUAAACAUCAGAUGAGAGAAGAAAAUUCAGGACACAGUUCACUUUGUUAGACCUUUUUUGAUGACUUUUUUAUCGUAUUUGGCAUUGAGGUAGGGUGUCCCCAGGAAAACACGCCACGCCCAUAAACUUGAACUAGACACGCCCACUUUGGAAUUCAAUUCACGAAAGGUAGCAAGAAAGCCCAUUUGUGAAUUUGAAUAUCUCGUUGAUAUUUGGUUGUUGACAUUUCAAUAAGAGUGAGUGAGAUCUAGAUCUAGUUAUCUCGCUCAUUCUCAUAGAAAAUUUUGAAAACAUAUUUACAAACAAAAAUUAUUGUGCGUUGGGCAUUAUGUCCAACGCACAAUAACUUUUGUUUUGUAAACAUGUUUUUGACAUUUCUAUGAGAGUGAGGGAGAUCUAGAUCUAGUCAUCUCGCUCACUCUCAUAGGAAAUUUUGAAAACAUAUUUACAAACAAAAGUUAUUGUGCGCUGAGCAUUAAGAUUUUUCUGCGUAAUACCUGCGCAUUAGAUGGUUGUCCUCUUCUCUUCUUUAUCUCCGAGUGACCAUUGAGGUAUUCCAAUUCCAAAGAACUUCCUGGGACAUCCCACCAAAAUGAGGUUUUGCAAAUUUCACAUAGACACUCCAGGCUGUCCGACACAUCUUUAUAAGAGGACGCAACUUUUUAGCCCAAUUCAACACCCAAUCUACCCAGGUCCUUUUCCACUUGCUUUAGGAUUACUGCAGAGGCUCCUCUUUGUCUUUCUCCAGGUUUUCUAGGUGUUUUUUCUUAACGCUCUGUCAAACAAAGUGCUUUUUAGAAACUGGAAAGCUUUGGAAGCCUUUCUGCAUGGAAUUUUCUCCUUAACUCUUUCGCGUCACACUUUUAUUCAGAAAGUGAAUUCAUGUAAAAUGGAGUUUUUCCUAAUGCUUUAUGAUCAAAUAUAAUACUUCUGAGAGAACUCGGAAAAACUCCGGGUCAUAUAUGACCCUAUUGUCCUCAAGGGAAGUGUACAUACCAUUUUCAAAAUCUGAUAUCACGGGCUUUCUACGAGUUUUUUUUGCUUGAAGUUAUUAAUUUGGACAAAACCAUGGUAAACUGGAUUGUUUUGAUGAACACUGUACUCCUGGUGUUCAAGGAAUCUUCCUGGUAAUCCCUUAAACAGUCACUGUCACAAUAUUUUGAGUGGUAUUUGGCAAAAAAAAAAUUAACCACAUAUUUAUUCACACACAAUAUAAUUGCACAAUAUGAGACGUUUACAGAAUAUUCUAAAAUAUUGCAAAAUAUGUUAUAAUUCAUCAGAUAUAGGAUGAAAUGUCCAGGAGCAAGAUAUUUUUCUUCUGGAUUUCACAAAGAAAAACAAUGUCCCAACUGUCCCAACUACAUUGUUGGCACGAAAACACUUUCAUAAACUUUUACCCUUGCCGACAAUAGGGUCAUAUAUGACCCGGGAAAUUCUACGCGCUUUUCUGGAAAAUUGAGAGUAGUUUAUUAUAUCAAAAUAUGCAAUAUACAAUCUUUGGAUAUUCUUUUUGAAUGCAACACGAAAUUAAAUCACUUUUCUCUCCUUUUAACUUUAUUAUUUUACAAAUAUUUUUUAUUAACUUUUUAAGUGAAUGUAUGUUCUUCGAUUUUUAUUGCGCACUAAUUCACAAAUUGUGCCGAAAAAUCAAGUAAAACACUUUGAUAUUUUUUAGCAACUUCCAUAAGAAACAGAGAAAAUGACAACCACCGUGUUAAGGUUACGAAUAUCACGCAUGCAAUACAUUUUUCAGAUUCUUCUUGUAAGUCACUAUUUGAUUGUAAAGUAGCGCCUUUUGCAUUUUUAACUUCUCAAAUAAUCACAAAAUUAGGAUCAAUAAUCUCUUGAUCGGAAAUGAAAAUAAUUAAUUGAUUUGUUAUCAAAUUCUGAGGGAGGUGUCCCACAUUCCACACUGCUUGGUCCUACUUUCCAAACUGUCCCAAUUUCCAAAUUUUACCCUAAAAUGUUUCAGUGCGAUCGUGAUUUUAGAUCACGUAAGCUUCUAAAAUUUAUCUAAUUUUAGAGCACGGUAUAAAUAAAAUAUUUAAAUUAAUAAAAGAAUUUUCAAAUUUGUUUACUUUUCGUUUCGUCCGCGUGGUUUUAAAUAUUUUCUAUUUGAAUUUCAAAGUGGUUUGAAUGUCAGAUUUGUGACAGUAUUCCAUUUAUUCUAAGGAAAAUCAAAGGAACGGUUUGCGGAAUCUUCGUUUUUUCCAUUUUGUUUUUUACACUUCUGUUCUUCAGAGUUUGUCUUUGGAAACUUUGUUUAUGGAAAUCUUGUCUUUCAUAUAUUUUAAACAAGUAUAGUUUAAUAAAUGAAAUAAUGAAAUCACAUUGGUUUUUUUUUAAGUGUUUACUUUCGUACUUCACAGCAAAGGGAAAUUUUCUGUGUUUUGGGAAAUUUUUAGUUUCGUCCUUUGUGUCAAAGGAAAUUUUCUGAGAAAAGGGACAUUUUUGGAAAGUUAUAAAAUAUGCUUUUGCAAAAUGUGUCACGGACAAAAUUUCCAAAAAUUGUGCAAAAUGUAUGAAAGACAAGAUUUCCAAAGUUUCUAAAAAAAAACAAAAAUUACCGAAGACAAAGAUUCCAAAGACAAACUGGAAAAAACAAAGAUAAGAUAAGAAAAAACAAAAGUGUAAAACACAAAAUGGAAAAAACGGAGAUUUCCGAUCCCAUUUGAUUCAUCUGAUAAUCAUAAUCGAACUUGAAAAAUGUCAAUAAUUUUUUUUUUCAAAUUUAACUGCUGCCCGAAUUAAAAAGUAGCCCGAUGUUAAAGGAGCCGAAUUAGCGUGAGUCUACUGUAUACGUAAAGAAAACUUCACUUUCUGUUUAAUUUACUCACGGUAUCCGAAAGAUGGCGUCUGUAGGCAGGGCAGAGAAUAUUUGUGGGCGGGACUUAGAAUUCAAGCUCCACCUCUAUGCCAGAUGCAAAAACGGUCAAAGUGAACUCUGGCCCAAAUGAUAGAAUCAGUGACAAUUUUUCUUAAAAGCUAGUCUUCCUAUUUCGUUGUUAUUUGCGCUUGUGUUUCAAAGAGAGAAAGAAAAAAAGGCAAGAAAAUAGAUUAGAAAAAAGUCGCUUUUAUUUAAUAAAAAAAAAGAGAUAAGCAUGAAGAAAAAUGAAAAAAAAAUUAAAAUAUAGAGCAAAAAGAUCACCGUUUUUAACCCACACAUAUUUGAAAAAGUAAAAUAAAACUAUUGAUAAAUAGGUUUUGAAAUAAUGUAUUUAAAUGAGCUCUCAUGGAGAUAUUUUAAUUGAAAAUGCGAGAAAAGUGAGAGAGGGAAGGGCAAAGAAAAGAUGUACAGAAAGGAAAAUUCUUAGUGCUUGAUUAUUUAAUUUUAGCUAAAGAAAAAAAGAGAUAAUUUUUAUCAAUAAAAAAAAAUCAUGCAAAAAAAUCACAAAAGAAUGUAAAGAAGUUAAAAAAGAAAAUCACAUUUUGCAAAAAGAAGCAAAGGGCAUAAAAGAAUUAACAAAAAAAACACACACACGAAAUAUUGAGUGAAUUACCCUUAUGUUAGAGAAACUCCUAAAAUUCGUAGGAUAUUAAAUUAAUUAAUCUUAACAAACUAUGAUAAAGAAAGAAAAUAGCAAAAAAAAAGAAAAAUUGAGGGAGAUAACGUAAAUAAAAGUUCAAGUAGAAGAGAAAAAGAGAGAAAUUAUUGUAGAAAUUGAAUUUAUCGCGAUUUUCUUUUUGUUUAUUAGUGUUUUUUUUGUAAUACAAUUGUUACCUUUUAUCUAUAUUUUUAAAAAGUAAUUUUUUUAUCUGAUUAUUUAUCAGGUGAAUUUAUUUUUCGAUUGAGAAAGAAGUAAAAUGUUUUAGAAAAGGUAAAAAUGCGCUGUAAAAUUUUUAUUUUGUUAAAUAUUUUAUUCGUUAUGAUUUUAUUUCUUUUUCGCCAUCCUUUUUCCUUCAUCCUUCUUGACUCCUUGUUUUAUUAUUAUUAUUUUUUUAAAUCUUCUUCCUUUUUCGAACCCUCGAUGAAUUUAUUUAUUAGCGAGAAAGGGAAAGAAAAGAAAAUUGUGAACGAGAGUUUCUUGAUAAGAAGGAAAAAAAAGAGAAAAGUAAAUAAUUUUAUUAGGUGUAUAGAACGAUGAAAGUCUCUGUUUUUUUAAAUUUUAGAGAGAAAAAAGAAAGAAAGAAAAGAUGAUAAUUAUUCUAAAUAUUAAUAGAAAGAGCGAGAGAGGCGAGAAAGAAGAAAUGCAAGAAAGUGUGUGAAAUGAGGUGAAGACAUUAGUUAUUGCUCUAAAUUAUUAUAUAAAUUAGUUAUUUUUGUUUUGUCAAUGUGUCAAUUUAAAUUAAAUUGCGAAAGCGUGAGAAUUGUCUUCUAGAAAGAAAAAGAAAAGAAAGAAAAACAGUGAAAUAUUUUGGAGGGAGGGGGAAGAGUUGUAAAAUCUCUGCAAGAAAUCGUGAAUAAGUAUUGUUUUUCUUUUUUAAAAAAGAUAAGAGAAUGAUAAAGAAAACACUCUCUGUCAUGGAAAUUCCUUUCCCGCAAAGUCUUGCAAAAAGUCUCUACACUUAUUCAUACCUCAUUUGGCACUCUUAAUUUUCACUCACGAUAUUUUUUCAACUAUCUUCCAUAGCGCUAUUAUCGAUGGAAAUGCGCUAUGGGGCAAUUUAUUUGUUGUAAUCAGGUUGUUUAAUUUAUUUUCAGAAGAUUUAUUUAAAAAAAAAAUCACAGCUUUCGGAUUCAGUGAAGCUUUGCUUUUGCAGAAUGCAAAGUAAAAGGAUAAAUUUCUAAAGUUGGGCAAGAGGAAAAGUCAGAAAGUUGGUUAUAGCCUUACUAAAUUGAAGAAUGAAAUUUCUUCUAUUCACUCACAGGUGUCGUGUCACUAUCAGGAAAGACAUUAUCAGUAGGGGAAUUCUGUAAUUUUCGUGACGCGUGAGUUCGAAACCCGACAAUGCCAAUCGAGCUUUUUUGUCAUAUCAUAUGAGUUCGAAAAUGCAAUUCACUGAAUUUUUAAUGAAAUCCCUUUACUUGAUGAUUUUAUGAAAAUACAGUACGUCUUGGUUGAUUUGUUUAACAAAAUUCAUUGUCAUUUGAAUUGCCAGAAAUCUCAAAUAUGUGACUUCUGACAAUGCCACGUGAGCUGAAAUGACAAUAUCACGGCUACAGAAUCGCAUUUUCGAAAAAGCUCUCCUAAGAUUCGAACCCAAUUUGUCAUAUGGCAUUGUCAGAGCGUUACAGAAUUCCCCUCCAGGGUUCUGAUUACAAAGCCAUUUUUGUUUUCCGUUUCGUCCGCCAGAGGACUCUUAUGACGAAAAUAGGCAUAAGUCCUCGAGAAUACUCAGCUCGAAAAAUUUAGCGGUAAAAGAUCAGCCCAAACUAUCAUACAGUGAGGAUUUAGGAUCAAGAAUUAGCGUUUUCAGUAUAAAUAACUCGGGUCAGAGAACAUCGAGGGAGGAAUGCGACCCACCGUUGGAGAGGUCUCGAUCUCAGCUACAACAUACUAAAAUUUAAAGAAAAAGCAUCGUCAAUUUUUCGAAAUAUUCGAAAUUGAAUUUUCGAAAAUCGAUUUUUCGAUCAAUCGGACUUUCGAUUAAAUCGAAUGAAACUGGGGUGUCAUAAAGGUUGUAGUACUCCACGAGAGCUUUCCAAAACACCAAAAUUUUUCGAAUUCCGAUAAUUAGAACCUUAGAUAUUUCCAUUCGAAAAAUGAAUUUUUAACCCCUUAUAGCUCGAGUCAGGGGAGUCGGGAUACCUUAAGUUUGGUACUGAUCGAAAGCUCUUAGGCCCAGCUACAACAUAAUAAAAUUUGAGAUCGAUCGAUGCCAUAGGGGCUGAGUUACUGAAAAAAAAAAACAAAAUUUGGUGGUGUUUCAAAAUGGCGGAAGGGGGGAGUGGGGAGUGGAUCUGACAUCACCUACUUCUAGCUGCCCAUCGACAUUUAAGCUUUGCCGAAAACCGCUUGUCGAUAUCUCUUUCCGUUAUCUCGCUAGAAGUGGUUAUACGACGGUUGGGACGGACGGGACGUCCACGAAAAUCGAUUUUUAGCGUAUAUGAUAUUCGUGAUCUAUGAGUAUCAAAACGCGUAAAUCCAAAAUUUGGGCCCGAUCUGACGAGGUCGCAUUUCACUUGUGAUUACAAAAGCUGAGAUUGUAAAGAAUCUCAGCUAACACUCAAGUUUCCAGAGCUUUCGACACUGUAUCAUGUCUUCUUCAGUGGUUCUUAAUUUGUCUAUUAUGUUGGAUAUUGUCACUAUUUUGUCUGAUUUUCCACUCAUCAGAUUUGGAAAACAGUUGGGAGCUAUUAAUGAAAAAUUACAAAAUUAUCACUAACAAUAUUUUUCAUUAAAAAAACUUUAAAAAUUCAAAUUAUUUUCAUUGGUUUCAGGGAAAACCAUAUGACACCUGUUGUAGGACAUAUAUAAAUCCAAUAAAUUAAAAAAAUCUGUCAUUUAGCUACCUUUUUAGGACCAAAACAAUUUAAUAGAUGGAGAUAAAAUAUUGCUGUUGUUUAAAUUAGGUGAAAAAGCUAUUCUUUCACUUGAAAUCUAAAUAUUUUAGUUACACAUUUUGCAAAUGUCUUUACAAAUUGUGUAAUUUUGAGGUUACCAUAACCUCAAACAUAACCUCGUAACGUAAACAUUUAUCAUAAGCUUACUUUCUGAUAUAACCUCUUGCGCAACUAUAAGACAUUUCCAAACAACAACAAAAAUCCAGAGAUUCAUUGGCAAAAUUCCCUUAAAAAACCUACCCUCAACCCCAACUUCUUCGGAAAACUAAACUGCUGAAAAAUAUUACAUGCAUAUUUAUCUUAAAAAGAAAAAAAAAAGAGAUGUUUGCAUAAAAGUGAAACAUAUCUUGUUUUAUCAUACAGAAAAUCGAUUUGUAAAUAGUUAAAUUAAUGAUUGAUUUUUUCUAUGUCAGAAUGAACAGAAAAAAAGAAAAGAAAGAAAAUGAUGAAACACAAUUAAAUUAAACAAAAACAAAAAAAAUAAACCUAGAAGCGUUAACUUUCAAAAACUUGA